CAAAGCAUACAAAAAAACAACAACCCAUGCUGUAAUCCUUAGUUUUCACUGUGCUGGACACUUUUGCAUGCAUACACACAACUUUUUAUUGUGCUUUUAAACUUUGAUUAUUUGUAAACUUUUCCAGAAUAUAUGAUCUUCACAACUGCCACGUGAAUGGCUGCACAAACCCCCAUGCGGUUGAUGCAAUAUAAUCACCACGCUGUUUGCUCAAUCCACCUUUUGUUAUGAACCAAACUCUGCAAAGAACAUCUUCUGUAUUAUUAUUCGUCAAGAAUAAGUUUCUAAGAGUGCAAUGACAGAGGCACAGGAUAAGGUACACUUAUUUUUGUGUUGCCCUCCUGAGAUGACGACACACAGUACUGUAUGUCAAGCGUUUCACACAUUUCUCUCCAAGGUUUGUCUUGUUAAUAAUCCUGUAAGGAAGGCAGUGUCAUUAUCCUCCUAUCCUUGCGCUACAGCUGGAAAGAGCCCGAGCAGGCAGGUAACCUGAUCUCUCUCACCAGGUGAGUCCUGGAUGGAGGUGGCAGCUGCGAUACCAGGAGCAACACACCUGGGGGCAUUUGCUGGAAUCCGCGUACUCUGUGCAAAAAACUUGGUGAAAAAGGAUUUUUUCCGACUUCCAGACCCAUUUGCUAAGGUGGUGGUUGAUGGAUCUGGGCAAUGCCAUUCUACAGAUACUGUGAAGAAUACACUCGAUCCAAAGUGGAAUCAGCAUUAUGACCUGUACAUUGGAAAGUCUGAUUCAGUUACUAUCAGUGUAUGGAAUCACAAGAAGAUCCAUAAAAAACAAGGUGCUGGAUUUCUUGGUUGUGUUCGUCUUCUUUCCAAUGCCAUCAACCGCCUCAAAGACACUGGUUAUCAGAGGUUGGAUCUCUGCAAACUUGGGCCAAAUGACAAUGAUACAGUUAGAGGACAGAUAGUAGUAAGUCUUCAGUCCAGAGACCGGAUAGGCACAGGAGGACAAGUUGUGGACUGCAGUCGCUUGUUUGAUAACGAUUUACCAGAUGGCUGGGAAGAAAGGAGAACUGCCUCUGGAAGAAUCCAGUAUCUAAACCACAUAACAAGAACUACGCAAUGGGAACGCCCAACACGACCGGCUUCUGAAUAUUCUAGUCCUGGCAGACCGCUUAGCUGCUUUGUUGAUGAGAACACUCCAAUUAGUGGAACAAAUGGUGCAACAUGUGGACAGUCUUCAGAUCCCAGACUGGCAGAGAGGAGAGUCAGGUCACAGCGACAUAGAAAUUACAUGAGCAGGACACAUUUACAUACGCCUCCAGACCUACCAGAAGGCUAUGAACAGAGGACAACACAACAAGGUCAGGUGUAUUUCUUGCAUACUCAAACUGGCGUGAGCACGUGGCAUGAUCCAAGAGUGCCUAGGGAUCUUAGCAACAUCAAUUGUGAAGAGCUUGGUCCAUUGCCUCCUGGAUGGGAGAUCCGUAAUACGGCAACAGGCAGAGUUUAUUUUGUUGACCAUAACAACAGAACAACACAGUUCACAGAUCCUCGGCUCUCUGCUAACUUGCAUUUAGUUUUAAAUCGGCAGAAUCAGUUGAAAGAUCAACAGCAACAGCAGGUGGUAUCCUUAUGCCCUGACGACACUGAGUGUCUGACGGUCCCACGCUACAAGCGAGACCUGGUCCAGAAACUAAAAAUUUUGCGGCAAGAACUUUCCCAACAACAGCCUCAGGCUGGCCAUUGCCGCAUUGAGGUUUCCAGGGAAGAGAUUUUUGAGGAAUCUUAUCGACAGGUCAUGAAAAUGAGACCAAAAGAUCUUUGGAAGCGAUUGAUGAUAAAAUUUCGUGGAGAAGAAGGUCUUGAUUAUGGAGGGGUUGCCAGGGAGUGGUUAUAUCUCUUGUCGCAUGAAAUGUUGAAUCCAUACUAUGGCCUCUUCCAGUAUUCAAGAGAUGAUAUCUAUACAUUGCAGAUCAAUCCUGAUUCUGCAGUUAACCCGGAACACUUAUCAUAUUUCCACUUUGUUGGACGAAUAAUGGGAAUGGCUGUGUUUCAUGGACAUUAUAUUGAUGGUGGCUUCACAUUGCCGUUUUAUAAACAGCUGCUUGGGAAGUCAAUUACUUUGGAUGACAUGGAGUUAGUUGAUCCAGAUCUUCAUAACAGUUUAGUGUGGAUACUUGAGAAUGAUAUUACAGGUGUUUUGGACCAUACCUUCUGUGUCGAACAUAAUGCAUAUGGGGAAAUUAUUCAGCAUGAACUUAAGCCAAAUGGCAAGAGUAUCCCCGUUACCGAAGAAAAUAAAAAGGAAUAUGUCAGGAAACCCCCGCCCCAUGUUUCUAGGCUCUAUGUGAACUGGAGGUUUUUACGAGGCAUCGAGGCUCAGUUCCUGGCUCUGCAGAAAGGAUUUAAUGAAGUCAUUCCACAGCAUCUGCUGAAGACAUUUGAUGAGAAGGAGUUAGAGCUCAUUAUUUGUGGACUUGGAAAGAUAGAUGUUAACGACUGGAAGGUCAACACCCGGUUGAAACACUGCACACCGGACAGCAAUGUGGUCAAGUGGUUCUGGAAAGCCGUGGAGUUUUUUGAUGAAGAGCAGCGAGCACGGUUGCUUCAGUUUGUGACGGGAUCGUCUCGAGUGCCUCUGCAGGGCUUCAAAGCUUUACAAGGUGCUGCAGGCCCACGACUCUUUACCAUCCACCAAAUCGAUGCCUGCACUAACAACCUGCCCAAAGCCCACACGUGCUUCAAUCGAAUCGACAUUCCGCCCUAUGAGAGCUAUGAAAAGUUAUAUGAGAAGCUGCUAACAGCCAUCGAAGAAACGUGUGGAUUUGCUGUGGAAUGACAGACUUCAAGGUUCUACCCAGGACUAUUUAUGCUCGACAGCCUCCUCUCAGCAGUGUCAAGGAAUGCUGAAAUACAGGAACAUGCCCCCCUCCCUUUUUUAAAUUUUAGGACACUGUGAGGGGAAAGGACAAUUUUGAAAUUCCUUUUCAAGGAAAAAAACAGGUCUUUAUGCAUUGCCAUGAGGCCGCAUUCAGCUGCUAUUUAAAAUUAAUAUCUUGAACCUAAAGAAUGCUGACUUUUCCUACAUUUCCAGAGUUAGGCAGUAUUCUACACUUAAAGACUACUACUAUUUUUAUAAAAGGUAACCUAUUCACAUCGCUUCACAGAUUUCAAGUCUCAGACAUCAAGACAACUUCAGGCGGUACAAGUCACAUUUCAUUUUGAUUGAAUACAUGAUUUUGAACAGCUCCUGUACUUGCUCUUUGUAAAAAAAUGAAAUAAAAUUAUUUUGAAUUAUUCUACCUUUGUAAGCAAUUGGCUAAAAGAAUCAUUGUCUUUAAACAAGUAAGCCAUUUACACGUUUAAUUACAUUUUUCUAUAGCAAAGCAUUAUAUUUUAAAAGCAUUAUAUGUUUCAACCUAGCCUAAGUGAGUCUUUUUUAUGUUUUUUCAAGUACAAAUUACCUGGAAUACAGCUAUAUAAUUUUGGUUGUCAAAUUCCUAAUGCAACCAUUUAGUCUAAACUUAGUAGCUUAUUUGCUACAUAAGAUGCUUUCAGGGGCUCCCUAUUUUUAAGAGACUUUAAAAACAAAUCCUAAUUUUCUAUCUUGAAUCAAUAUGACCAGGUGUUUUGGAUUUUACUUUUCACCUUAAAUGGAAAUCCUGCAUUUUUAUAGCUUCUCAGAUCAUGUGGAUGGGAUAGGAUUUUAACUCUUUUGCUGGGUCAACUUAACUUUAAUAGAUAUACUAUUUCUUGUAAACCAAAGUCUCCUCUGAACAGUUCACCUAGUUUAUAUUAUAUUUUAAUUACGGUGUAAGUUUUUAUCAAGCAAAUCAUCCUAAAUCUUAUUCAGCUGCUCAUGAUAUUUUAAUCAGCUAAAGUUAUGAAAAGAAAAAAAUUUGCUCUAAAGAUUAUUUAGCAAACUUAAAACACCCUGCUUUUAUUUAACAAAAUGAAGUGGGGCUGGUGCGGCUGGUGGGGUAGGGGAUGUGAUUACUAAAGAAACAGUGAUUCUAACUCUAUAGUAUAAAUUACUUUAAACCGAAGAGUGAAUUUUGGAAGUAAGGGAAUCCCAGUUCCCUUGGUGUUGGAAGAUCAGCAUCUGAUUUUGAAAUAUCCAGAUUUAGCUUUCAGGGUGAGGCAUGUCGCAUGAUCCAGAAGGCAACCAAUAUUCUGGAGUGAGGGACUGGAAAAAUCUGAAAUCAUGGGCAGAUUUUUUAAAACUCAGCCAUUAGAAAUCUGAACUAUUCUUUUUUAAAUAUAUUGAUGUGAAACCAACAAUAGCAAAUUUUUAUGAUAUAGCUUUGUUUAAAUUUUGUGGCUUACCAAAUGAAUAAUAGGCCCGUGUGUUCUUUCAUGGUAUGGAUUGGUUUUCAGUCUGUUCGUAGAGCGAAGGGGCUCCUUAGAGGUGCCUCAGAAUAGUGGUUUGCGAGAGGAGGGACAGAGCGAGGGAGAGGAAAGGACUAGUUGGUAUUCAGCAGGGGCUUCUAACUCCCCACCCCCUUUACUCAGAGCAGCUCCAGAUUUUCUCUCUCAUAUAUUGGAAUUCCAAGUAAGCUUUCACAGGGGUAAGGGGAGGAUAAAAGAAAUAGAAACCUGCUUUUUUUAAAAAGUUGAAAACUACUUGUGUAGUUUCUAAAAAUUUAAAUUCAUUGUAUUCAGCCAAAUUUGCUACAUGCAAACCUAGUCAUAAUCUUAACUGUGCUUUUGCUGACCUUUUUCUCCCCACUUUGUGCUUUCCCGCUGCAUUCUUAGUACGGAAGAACGUCUUGAAAGGUACAGAAAAGGCUUGUAUAUUAUUUGAUAUUCAGUCGCAGGUCCAUCUCUCUCAUAUUACAGCACUAGUGCAGUGUCAUUGUGCCUAUUCUUAGAAUCUUUUGGUAAAAAUUAAGUACAUGAACACUUUAGAGAAAUCAUAGCUGAUGGAGGCAGUGCUAAUGAAAUGCUACUGUCAUAAUGUACAAUAUCAAGCAGGCAAAUACCAUCGCUUUCUGAGUGCCUUUUAAAAUUUUAUAAAAAUGACUUAAUAGAGCUUUAAAUAAAUAAAUUACCCUAAUAGUCUGUGGUAUCACCAAUGUAAUUUAUAAAAACAUGAUUUAGAUUUCAUUUUCAAAAGUAUGUUACCUAAUUAUUUCCAAAUAGGUGCUAAGCAAACAAAACCCUCCAAUGUGUCCUUAAACCUUAGACUUGCACCUCAUGUUUAAUGUGAAUAUUUAUUUCCACAUGUCCCUCUUAACUGGGUUUUUUCCUAAUCCUCUAGUGUUAUUUCAGAUAUGUGCUGUUGUGUAUCCGUGCAUUGCCUUUCCAUCAUGAAUUCUUAAUUAUGAACAGUGGUUACUUUGUAGAGCUCAUAUGCAGUACAGAGGUGAGUUUUAUUUCAGAGGGUCUUAUUUCUUGGUGUAAAGAGUUUUUAAAUAGUGCUGUGUAUAAUGUACAUCUUGUUUUGCACAUAGUUUGUUGCCCUGAAUGAGUUUUAUUUUUAUCGUCAUUUUUUUCUUGUAUUUACAGUCCAGAGCACAAGUUUCCUUUCUUUUAAAUACAAUGUAAUUUGCUUUAUUUUACAACACUAAGUCCGCUUUGAACUUCUGGUGCAUUGAGCUGAUUGCAUUGAUGGGAGUUAGAGGUUGUCCAGCCAUCUUUUCAUUGACAGAGCAGCCUCUGCUUCUGUUUGUAAGCUGCAGCACCACACGUGGGUGCCGUUUGUGGUGUUUAACCUUCCUCUGUUAGGGUGAUGAUUGUACCAAAUGCUGAGUUGUUUUGUUUCUUGAUGUAAUUAGUUCACUUAAUGUAAUAUUCUUCCUUCUCUCAAACUGACUUUAAAAAAAAGUUUUAUCAUUUUCAUGGUAUUUAUUACAGAGUGUUUUAGCUUUGAUAUUCUUUGUAUUUUCACUCAGUUGUUACAUGAGCUUUAUCAAUAACAUCUGUAUAAAUGGUUUUUAAAAAUUAACUAUGUAUGUGCCCAUGCCGAAGUUGAGCAAUAAAAUGAAUGCUGUUUGCACUGU